AUGUAUUGCAGUAGCUUACAACGAGGGCAUGGCCCUACUGAUGUUACCUUUCAUCUCGAUAAUGCUGGUUCCAACUCUCCCAAGCGAUAUUGCUACACUUGUCCGAGAUCUUCACAGGAAAUUCCUAUGCCUCUUUUAUGGGCUAAGGCGAUGCCUAAAGUCAACAAUAUCGGGCCUAUCCUGGAUUUCGAUAUCUUCCUGGCUGUUCGGUUCUGCGAUCCCUACAUCCUUAGUCGUACCGUGGAGGGAACAUUUGGCAGAUAUAGGUUUGGUGGAAAAGCCGAAUCCUGUUGGAACCAAACGCAUCCCUUGGACUUGCGACAUACUAAAAUUAGAAAAGGGGUGCGCUGCCGAUCCUCGGCAAUUUCGCUAGGGACAUUCCUUAGUGGCCACUUGCCUUUCAUAAACAAAAAAAGUGUACCGGAUCUUCCUGUACACAACACCAGAGAUCCCACUGGUAUCACCUUAAACUCUACCCAGGGCGGACAAAAUCACGGGAUACAGCAGUUAUUCCUCCUCAUAUGCGCUCCAACCACAGGGACCUGCAAACGGCUCGUUCAAGAAGAAGUUGGCGAUAUCCGCACUGACCGAGACUUAUUCUUGAAGUUGCAAAAGACAGUUGCGCGUCACAUUAAACCAUGGUCCUCCUGGCGCUUUCUACGGAAACUGUCGAGCGUUGAGUUUGUACAAGUAAGAUCAACUACCUGCACGCACUGCCCUGAAACUGACAAAGAUAAAUUGCAGAUCACACUGAUGGCAGGCGCCUCUCAAAAAACCGGUGUUAGCCAACACUUACACUGUAAAUACACGCCCUGUCAAUGCUUACCACUGCACGAUGAUCCGGAUUACAAGUAUACACCCGACCCGGAGAAACAGUUUCCACCUGUGCCUCACCCAUUACUCUUGGAAUGCCUAUUGCACCCAGGCUUGAUUCAGGAAGACCAGACCUGGGUUUACGAUGCACUUCCGAAGAAACUCCAUAAAGAGCUAAACCCGGAGCUUCAAAAGAAAUCGAGGGGCUGGGGUAUUUGCCUCAACGAAGGCCUUGACUGGAACAGAAUAUGGGCGCUUUUGCUGGUAAUACUGGGGACUUGUAUUCUUGGCGUAACUAUUUGCUCGGCGAUAACUGGUGAUUGGCAAAGCUCUUGGACGGUUGCAGGUACUUGUUUUACAGCUUUGACUGGGUCGUUGGGAUUUUUUGCUACGCUGUAA